GUAUCCCGGUGUGACGUGAAACUCGUCAGACUAUGAAAAGGGUCAGAUAAACGGAAAAUACAGAGCACUGCGCAUGCGCAAUGGAACAAAAAUAAACAAAAUCGUAGAUCUAGUCGUGAGAACGGUCAGAUAAAGGUGAGGAAGUGCAUUCAAUGUCAAAAGUCGGAUCCAAUGAAACCACCUAAGAAGCCAGAACUCAGAUCAAUCAAUGUCACACAACCUUUUGAAUUGGUUGGCUGUGAUUUGAUGGGUCCCUUUGCGGAGACACCAGCCGGAAAUAAAUAUAUCUUCACCGCGACAGAUUAUUAUACAAAAUGGGUGGAAGCUUUCGCAAUCCCAGACAAGUCUGCACAGCAAGUUUCCAAGUGCAUUAAGAAGUUAAUAUACAGACAUGGGGCAAUGAAUGCAAUUUUAACUGACCAAGGCAGGGAAUUCAUUAAUCAGAUAAAUCAAGAGUUGUGCUUAACGUGGGACAUUAAACACAAAGUAACAGCUGCAUACCACCCACAAACAAACGGCCUUGAUGAAAAGACCAAUCAACCAAUCAAUUGGGCCUUAAGCAAAUUGGUCAACGAAGUGCAGAACGAUUGGGAUGAAAGGCUUGAUGAGGUUCUUUUCUCAAUUCGGACCAAAAAACAGUCGUCAACAAAAUUCAGCCCAUUCUUUCUUCUGUACGGACAGGAAGCAGUGUACCCGAGUCAGUUGCAGACUGUGGCUCUUGAUGACAUAAUAGGUGUAUUACCCAACCCAGACAUGAUUGAAAAACAAUCCGAUGUGCGAAAACAACAAACAGAAACCGCAGGAAAAGUUGUACUGGAAAAUAUGUCAAAAGCCAAAAAAAAACAACAAAAAGACUUCAUUCAAGCAAACAACAAAAAAAGAAAAUUUAAUGAAAUACAUGUUGGUGCUAGGGUGUUAAAGUUCAAUGCAUCGAGGGCGGCGAGAAAAGCCAAAGGAAAUCUGGAAACUAAUUACACUGGACCAUAUGUUGUAGACAGUAUUAAAGGAAAUGUUGCAACACUCAAAACAAUGAGUGGACAAGUUUUAAAGACUGGAGUGUCUCUCAACAACUUAAAAAUAUUUGUGGAGUCAGCAAUGGACUCAGCAGUGGAAUCAGCAGUGGAGUCAGCAGAGGAGUCAGCAGUGGAAUCAGCAUUGGAAUCAGCAGUGGAAUCAGCAGAUAAAUUGCUUGAUUACGUGAAGGAACUUGCGAAGUUGGAUAUUUUUGAAAGCCUGGGAGAAAAAUGCUCCAAGCUUCAAUCAGGAGUUGGCAGAGUAAAUAUUGGCAAUUUUACAGAGAAGCUGAGUGCUUGUCCAGUUAGCUCCUUCAUUAAUGAGGUAUCAGCUGAAAACGAGGAGAUGGUGGAUGAUUUCCUCCAAGCGAUGCUGCAGGUAUUAGAAGCAGAAGUAACGAAGACAGCGAAAUUCACUGAAGCAUGCUUGCUCCUUUGCACAGUCUUGGCGCAUGCCUUCAUUAAUCAACUUAAUCCUGUUGAGGUAAUUGAAACCUUAGAGAAAAUGCCAUCGUUCAUUGUCAUGCCACAAGAAGUGGAGCAGCUCAGAGAAGGGGAGAGGAUGACAGUAGCUGGGGAAGGGGUGGCUAAGGAUGAUGUAGAAACCCUUGCUGCUGACUCCUGGUUGAAUGACAAGAUCAUCAAUGCAUAUUUGAGUUUACUAGCCAGGGAGAUGACAGACAGUUGGUCUCCUCAACAGGACAGCCAUGCAAAGGUGUUCUUUAUGCCUGCACAAACUGCUGAACACUGGCCAUCUGGAGAUUUUACAGUUUUUCCAUUCCUAAAGGUGGACUUCAAUAUGUAUGAUAUACUUAUGCUGCCACAGUGUAAAGGCAACAACCACUGGGUUUUGCUAGUUGCAAAUGUUAAGUCCAGGAGUGUAACCAUUUACGACUCGUUGAGUGGUAACAACAUGGCCUUGUUCGAUUUGUUCUGCCAGUUCAUGUGUCAAAGAGCACAAAUUGUAAAAGAUGGUUUAGAAAAAUGGGAAUUCGAAGCGCCACCAUGCAUCAAGCAACGCGAUGGAAACAGCUGUGGAGUGUUUGCAUUGAUGACUGCGGAAUGUUUGGUCAGGAAAAAACAUCCUACAAUGUUGCGACAGCCCCAUGUUUUAGGAUUUAGAGACUACGUGAGACGCAGACUUCUGUUUCAUGGAGUGCGUCAAACUUAUCUGUGCGACUCACUCCACUGCAAAGACCCGCACGGCAUAAUAGAAUGGAUAGCAUGUGAUGUUUGCAAACGAUGGCUGCAUGAGGUCUGCGUCUCACAACCUCUAUCCCAAGAUGAAGAUAGCUUUGUGUGUGAUGUGUGUAUUGCACAAUACAGUUGAUGUAUUGAAACCGUGGGCCCGUCUUAUCAAACAUUGUACGACAUUUUCACCUUACGAUGCAAUUUUCGCUGCGCCAUAAAUAUGUAACCGUCACUUUUAUAAUUACUUUUGUUGAACAUUUUCAUUCAUUUCCAAAGAGGGACUCAAAUAUCCAACAUAAGUAUUUGAAACAAACAGAUUAUAAUUACUUAUAUUUUAAAAUUACAAAAUUCAAUCGUAAGUUAACAUUCUCGUACCAUCAUUGAUAAGACGGACCCCUGGCUUUAAAAAUAAAUCAAAGUCAACUUCAACUUAAAAUUUAAAAAAAAAAAAAGUAAAGCACUAUAAAAAUUGUGUGUGUACAAAGUUUACCUGCAUAAAUAGCUUGGAAUUGCUUUAUUUAAAUUAUAGAACAACAAAGCAAAUGUUGAAAAUCGUUCAUGAUAGUUCUAUGUAUAUUGUUAUAUCACUAAUUUUAGGGCAAUUAUAAUGUUUUGUUUAAAAAGGCAAUCCUACUUAACAUUUGCGGAUUUUAGGUUAUAUUGAUUCUGAUUUUUAGGUGAUGCCAUGUUUUAUACAGUUAACUUGAAUGUACAGAUAUUUUCCAAUUCAUUGCUUUGUAACUGACUUGAUGUAUUUUUACCACCUUCCUGUAAGUUUUUUGUUGGAAAUUGAGAUUUUAAUGUUAAAAAGUAUGCAUUAUUCAAGUUAGAUUAAAUCAAAUACAAAUAUUGAUACCUGCACAUUGAUAAUAUUUCAUUCACUAUGUGUGUAAUUUCCUAUCCUUGACAUGAAUAAGUAAUCGUGUAAGAAACAAACAUUUGUUUGCAGCUGGUUGUUACUGCAUGUGUAAUUUCUAUUCAAAAUGAUGGUUUUAAUAACAUGUGAUUCAAUAAGAAAUGCAUUUCUCAUUAUGAUCAUUCAAUAAUGGAUAAUCAGAGGAAAUAUAAAAGUCAUCAAUUUACAUAUGAAGUAUUAAUAACACCAUGUUAUUCGGGUACAGACAACUGAAACUUUUCUAAAUUUAUAUAUGAAUCAUAUUACUAUAUGUGCUCAUGCAUACAUGUUGAUUAUUGUUUAUGUCUUAAUAAACCAAGAGUACCGGGUAUAUUAUAAA